AUGGGCUAUAAUACUAAGGGUGAUGAUAAUAAUAAGGUUGAUAAUACUAAUUAUCCUCGAAAAAUCACCAGAUAUGUGGUGGCAGCUUGGCUUUUUGGUGCGGCUAGUGGACUUAUGUAUGGAUACGAGAUCGGAAUAUCCGGUGGUGUGACUUGCAUGGGUCCCUUUUUGAGUAAAUUUUUCCCCGAGGUUGAUCAAUCAGGGAACCUGCGGUAUUGCAAAUUCGACAGUAAUAUAUUGACUUUCUUCACCUCGUGCUUUUACAUGGCCGUGCUUGUGGCAUUCUUCUCGACUUUGUGGCUCGUCAAAAAAUGUGGUCGCAGAAAUUGUAUGAUUUUGAGUGGCUUAAUCUUUUUUAUUGGCGCCAUGCUUAAUGCUUUUGCGGGUAAAUUAUGGAUACUUAUUGUGGGACGUAUUUUAUUGGGGAUCGGAGCUGGUUUUGGUGUUCAGUCGCUACCACUAUAUGUCUCCGGUACGGCUGCAUGUUUUUACAAUCUCAGCAUGAUGGUUGGCAUAUUGAUAGCCAAUUUCAUUAACUUCACCACCUCAGAGAUGAAGGAUGGCUGGCGUUACAGCUUGGUUGGUGGUGGAAUCAUCGCUUUCUUUAUCAUCAUCUCGGCAUAUUUCAAUUCCGACUCCAGAUUCUCUGAUAGAGAGAGGCAAAUUGCAGUGGCAUUUCUUAGUGGAAAAAUAGAAAUUGGAGUGUCGGGUGUAAUGAAAGAUUUGUCCAAAUGGUAUGCCAUUCUGGUAGUGUUGUGCAUCUGCUCUGCUGUUGCUUGUUACGCUUGGUCAUGGGGACCAUUAGGAUGGGUGGUGGCAAGCGAAAUAUUUCCACUGGACAUAUGUUCAGCUGCGCAGAGUAUUACAAUGGCUGUCGGCAUGCUCGUCUAUAUCUUCUUUGCACAAUUCUUCCUCAAGAUGCUUUGUGGUAUGAAGUACUGGUUGUUCGUCUUUUUCGCGUGUUUUGUGGCCAUAAUGUCGGUUUACGUGGCCCUUUUUUUGCCGGAGACGAAGAACAUACCUAGAGAAGAGAUGUCACAAGUGUGGGAAGAACACUGGGUUCCAAUUCUUAAGAAAAGCUUUAUCAAGAAGAACAAAAAGGCAAUUAGGUAUUGGCAUCCACCUUUAGCUGAUAGCUGGGCUGCAAUAACAAAAAGAACUGGCAACGUGCCAAUUAGCUUAGUUGGAGCACAACACAAAUUAAAUGGUCAUGCUGUCAAAGGGAAACAGCACAGCCUUGUUGAAAAAGCUGUUGGAGCUGCUCCAUUGUUUCAACUCUCCUUAAGUUUUCACUCCUUCUUACUUUGA